GCGUAUUUAAAUAGCGUAUCAAGAACAUGAUUAACAUCGCGUUGGAAACGUAAAUGAUUCAUCAGUAUGAAGACCAUGAAAAGGAUAUCAUCACAGUAUGACUUUAAGAGGCUGAUGAAUCCCAGGGCAAAGAAAGGGGAAGCAUAUGUACCAACAGAUGUUGAACACAUGGCAAAUAUAAUCACACACGGGGGCUGCAUUGUCCCCAGUAUCCUGGCCAUGUUGUGGAUGCUGUACAUUGCUCAGACCCGCCUCCAGUUUCUGAUUGCUGUUGUGUAUGGCUGGGCUCUUGUUGCCCUUUUCUCAGUCUCCUGUACAUUUCAUACCUUGGCAUUCUCAGGAAGAUUUCAUAAGCUGAGGCAUUUCUUCCAUGUUGCUGACAGAGCUGUGAUAUAUAUAUUUAUUGCCUCCUCUUAUUCUCCCUGGUUGACUUUACGAGAUUUUGGAGGAAUUGAGGAUGAAAUGAUGUGGCUUAUUUGGAUAAUGGCAGUCUGUGGAAUCAUUUACUCCUACACCUUUCAUGAGAAGUACAAGGUAUUGGAGAUUGUUCUCUACUUAAUCAUUGGUGUCUGCCCUGCAGCUGUGGCUUUCUUAAUGAGAGAACCAUCUGGGAUUUACGAGCUAUUUCUAGGAGGCAUUACAUUUGUACUAGGUGUUGUGUUCUUUAAGAGUGAUGGAGUAAUUCCAUUUGCUCAUGCUAUCUGGCAUCUGUUUGUUCUGGUUGGUACAAUGUUCCAUUAUUAUGCUAUCAACCUCUACUUAAUAGGACAAGAGGUAGAUGAGAUCAAUAUUAACAAAGAAGCAUAAGCAUCUGUCCUUAUUGUUUUAUGAACUUUUACAAUAGGUAUAUUUAUAUUUUGUUGAAGGUUCUGUUAUUGGUGUGUAGAAUGUCAUGUUUUGAAGUUCUUGCUGGCUGUGAUUUCCGACACCUAUGUUAGUUUAUAAACUUUUUCAUAGGCAGUCUUUUUAUACCCUGUGUUCGUUCUUUAACACAUUUUAAUGUGUUGUUAAGCUUAUAAUGUUUUGUAGUAAAAUUUUAGUCUGAGAUUGUUGAGGUCUAUGAAAGGAAAACUAACUAACAUAUUAACUCCAAUACAUCUUUUUAAAUGUAUUUCACAGGUGCUAAAAAAGCUCAAAUCACUAUUUUUUUUAUAUUUCUAAUUUAAAAAAAAUUAUUUAUUGCAAAGUAAAUUACAUUAUGCAUUAUAA